AUGGGAGCCCGUUGUGGCGUACCCCGUCAAUUAAUUUAUUCUAUAAUAACUAUUUUUUUACUAUAUUUUAUUAUUAAAAUAACUAAAAAUGAUAAGAAACAAAUUAUUAUAUCUGAAGAUUCUUUUGGUGAUAGGUAUUUUAAACCGAUUAAUUUAGAUGAAGUUGAUACACUUUAUGAUAAUUCUAUUAUAUCUGGUAGCAAAGUAUUAAUUUCUAUUUAUAUGGAAGCUCAAUGCCCUGAUACAACGCAUUUUAUUCAUAAACAUCUUCUUACAACAUGGGAACAUCUUGGUAAAACAGGAAUGGUUGAUCUACAAAUUGUUCCAUUUGGUAAAGCUCGUUGUGAAGGUAUUGGUAAUGAUUUUAAAUGUGAAUGCCAACAUGGUGAAGUUGAAUGUGAACUAAAUUCACUUAUGAAUUGUGCAAUACAUUAUUUAAAAGAUCCAAAUCGAUAUGUUCCAGUGAUUGGAUGUGUACAAGGUAAAGAGGAUUUAGAGAGUGCAUUAACAUUAUGUGUUGAAAGUAAAGAACCAUCUCUAUUACAAAGUAUUUCUACUUGUACAAAUGGAAAAGAAGGUCGUUUAUUAUUAGCUAUAGCUGGUCGAAAAACUUCAUUACUUAAUCCGGGUAUUUCAUUUGUUCCUUGGGUAAUGAUAAAUCAUAAACGUGAAGUAGAUGCUUUUUAUGCUUUAGAAGAAAAUGUUUGUAUGAGAUUAAAUCCCAAACCACAACAAUGUAUGAAUUAA